AAUAAGCUCAACACGGAUCGUACUAAGUUCAAGUUGUAGCGCUUGCGCACGACGUCUGACACGCAAAGUCUGCAGUUGCAGACGACCGUAGGCCGCGACGAUACCAUAGACUGACCUUCCUCCGCUGUUUGUCAUUGAUUUAUUGCGGAUAUGGAUCUGUCAUCAUGGGCCGAGGGCAGGAACCACAUGGCCAGCGUCGAUGAACCGGGUAUUUACCUGCCGCACCUCACGUUGCAGACAGUUAUCGGCAUCACCGUAGCCAUUGCGGGGAACGUCCUUAUCUCGCUUGCGCUUAACUUGCAAAAGCUUGCACAUAUCCGACUUGAAAAAGCACAGAAACAGGCGAGAAUGGAACGCGAACUCCGUGUAUCGGGCGAUGGGCUGCAUUCUAGAUCACCCGAUCAGAGGCCUUCUGGCGAUCCCGCUGCCUGCUCCCGUGAGUCCGAGACACAGCCCUUGAUCCAGGGCUGUUCCGCCAGUCGUUCGCGUGCACGCUAUGGCACUAGUGCCUCAUCCGGGACUCGACGCGAUGAUUCGAGGAGCAGGAAGAGUACCACCUCUUCGGUGCGUGGACGGAGACCAGGACAGCCUCAAAGGAAGCCCAGCUUUGCGUCGCGUUUUCUGCCGUUCCAUCUCAGUCUGCAUGGUGGCAUUAAUGAAAGUGUAUCACUCACCCAAGAAACGUUGGCGAUUCCAGUAGACGUGGUCCCAGCAGAGCGCAUAGUUGCACUGAACGGCAAUGACAGGCGCGCAUCUCCCCCGCCUGAGCUCUGGGAAGAAGAAGGCACGGAGAGUGACUACUUGCGUUCGAAGAUAUGGUGGUCUGGAUUCAUUUUAAUGAACAUCGGAGAGACGGGCAACUUCAUAUCCUAUGCAUUUGCACCGGCGUCUGUAGUCGCUCCUCUAGGCACCUUCGCACUCAUUGCAAACUGCUUCUUCGCUCCACUCAUUUUGAAGGAGCGUUUUCGUGUGCACGAUCUCGCUGGCAUCUUACUUGCAAUGAUAGGAGCGAUCACCGUCGUUCUUUCUACGCCUUCCCCUGAUGAAAGUCCACCGCCACUUACACCAGACGCACUGAUUGCGGCUAUAUCACAACGUUCGUUUGUAAUAUUCACCAUUAUAUACCUGGUAGGGGCUGUGGUACUAGCGGGACUUAGCGAAGGUGGUUACGGCCGGCGAAUUGUAGUUGUUGACAUCGGGCUUUGCGCAAUAUUUGGUGGAUUCACAGUUCUAGCGACUAAGGCUAUCUCCACGCUGCUGACGGAAGAAUGGGCCAAAGUGUUUGCGGAGUGGGUAACCUAUCCCGUCCUUGCGGUCUUAAUCAUCACAGGAAUUCUCCAAAUCCGGUUUUUGAACCGUGCGUUGAAGCGUUUUGACUCCAAGAUUGUGAUACCUACGCAAUUUGUGCUGUUCACGUUGUCCGCCGUCAUCGGAUCCGCUGUCCUUUACAAGGACUUUCAGCGGGCUACUUUCCACCAGAUGGUAACGUUUACGUAUGGUUGUGGUGCGACAUUCGCGGGGGUGUUCAUCAUAGCGUGGACCAAUGGCAACAACUCCGAAGUAGGAGGACAGGCCACCAAUGAGGUUAACAGGCAAACAGGCGACGCAGGCGAGCCAAACGCACCGAGUGGAAGCGUGCGGGGCGUUCCUGUAGGCUCGUUGAAUGCGCGAAGUCGCUCGGCUCUUGUAAUACCGAGAGGAGCUGCGCGUGAGACCCCGGUGCUCAGGAACAAGCAUAGCACGGUGAGCUUGGCAGGGUAUUCUCCUGCACGAAAUCUGCUACUUGUUCAUACCCCGCCAAGGGAUCGCGCAGAUUAUUGGGAUCGAGACGUGGAAAGUGGAAGCAUUGCUGGAAGCAGCCGAUGACAAUAUUGUGAAAAUGCUGAAUACACUAUCUAGUUCAUUGCAAAUAUAGAGUUCAUACACUAUUUUAACCCAAAAACUG